UCGUAAAACCAAGAUGGCGGCGAACGAUAGUGAUGAAGAUGAAGAUUUUGUCACUUUUGGGAAACCUUUGGAACCUUAUGAAGAAGGAGAGCAGCCUAAGAAACCAAUCCCUCUUCAGGAUCAGACAGUCAAAGAUGAGAAAGGCCGUUAUAAACGUUUCCAUGGUGCAUUUAUGGGAGGUUUCUCUGCGGGAUAUUUUAACACUGUUGGAUCUAAGGAAGGUUGGGCACCAUCCACAUUUGUUUCUUCACGUCAGGGGAGAUCUGAAAAGUAUGUUAGUCGCCCAGAAGAUUUUAUGGAUGAAGAGGAUCUUGGGGAAUUUGGAAUAGCACCAAAUGAAAUUAUGACCACAGAUGAUUUUGCAUCAAAAACCAAAGACAGCAUAAAGGAAAAGGCCAGAGAGCUCGCAUCAGUGACUACACCUAUACCUGGAGCAACAAUUCUGGAAGAUUUAAUAGCACCAGCAAAGAUAACGAUUGGUGUUCAGUUGUUACGCCAAAUGGGCUGGAAAGAAGGACAAGGAGUGGGGCCUCGCACAAAAAGGAAAGCACGUAAACAGAAGCCUGAAAGUGGAGUCAAAUUGUACGGAUGUGCCUUACCCCGAGCAGGUUCUGAGGAAUCAGAGGAAGAUGAUGAUGAUGAAUACCUGCCUGAGAAUGUAACAUUUGCCCCCAAAGAUGUGAUCCCUAUUGACUUUGCCGUAAAAGAUAAUGUUCACGGUUUGGGCUACAGAGGCCUAGAUCCUCGGCAAGCAUUGUUUGGUUCUUUUGACUCACGCGUCAACCUAUUCACUGAUGGAUCUGAAAGGACCAGCAACCUUCUCGGUGAUUUGCGGCACAGCAAGGGUAGAAAAGUUGGAAUAUCUGGACAGGCUUUUGGUGUAGGUGCCCUGGAAGAUGAAGAUGAUGAUAUAUAUGGGACAGUUUCACUGUCCAAAUAUGAUACAGUUGUAAGAGAGGAGGAGAGUGGUGAUGGGCUUUUUGGAUGGACUGCUCCCAAGGAAUACAAGAAUAACAAAGAGCAUGUGAAAUCACUUCAGUAUACUGCAAAAAUAUUGGAUGGCUUUUGUAAAACUGCAGAAUCUACUCCACCUAAAAAGAUUUAUUCACCACCUGAGCUCCCAAGAGAUUACCGUCCUGUCCACCACUUCAGACCUGUAUUGACCCCAGCAAUUCAAAAUUCUCCGGCCCUACAAGCAUUGCUUACCAUUUCACAAACCGCUUCUUCAAAACCUACAGACGAGUCACAAAAACAAAGCAGACACCAUCUUAAUUCUUCCAAAAGAAGGGAGUUGCUGGGAGAAACGCCACUUCAGGGUCCUUCUUCUGUGUUAGAACUUCUGUCAGAAAAAGAUCGAGAAAGGAUCAAAGAUGUGAAACAGGCAGUUGAGCAGCAAAAACUAAAAGCACAGAGCCUUGCACAGGAGUGCUUGAAGAGUCGCUUUCAAUCUUCAUCUCCAGAGCAAGCUCCAAGUAAAUUCCUGGGAGAGCAGCUAUCCAUUUCUUUGCAACCUGGGGAUUUUCGACCAUUUGAGAAAAAUCCAGAAAAACAGCAAAGAUAUGAAAGCUACAUAAGGAACCUUCAGAAAGGAGAGAAAGAUGCUUUAGAAAGCUCUAUUGAUGUCAAGAUGACAGAAUGGGAGCGUGGAAGAGAGCAAGAAGAGUUCAUGAAAUCAGCCAUGCUGUACAAAAGCUCCAACAGUAUGCUUUCUUCUCGUUUUACUCGUGCCAAAUAUGAAGAUGAUUUAGAUAAAGUGGAUGUACCAAGGGAUGAGGAGGGGGAUGUGAAUGACAAAGCAGCAGCUGUAAAGAUGAAAAUGUUUGGAAAACUUACUAGAGACACGUUUGAAUGGCACCCAGACAAUCUUUUGUGUAAAAGGUUUAACAUCCCAGAUCCUUACCCAGAGUCAACUCUUGUUGGAUUACCAAAAGUCAAAAGGGAUAAGUUUUCAGUAUUUAAUUUCUUAACUGUUCCGGAAACGCCAAAGUCAUCUGCAGCUUCAACAUGCAAGGAGACAUUGGUUCCUCCUACAGAAAACAAGUCCAAGAAGCCAUCUAGGUGGGAUAUAUCUGCUGGAGACAAGAAGGAUUCAGUCGGUGAAUUUGAAACAGAUGUUAAGAAGCAAGAGCCAGAACCAUCUGCUCCAUCGUCUGAAAAUAUUACUAAGUUGGCAUUAGGAACACAGUCCACAACGGGUGCUGCUAAACCAAAUGAUACAACAUUAGAAGAGGAGGAGGAAGAGAAAAGGCCACCAAUAGAUAUUUUUAAAGCUAUAUUUGCAGAUUCUUCUGAUGAGAAAUCUUCCUCUUCGGAAGAAGAAAGUGAUGAAGAUGAACCAUCCAACUCCCCAGAAGAAGCAAAACAUUACAAUCCAGAUGCUAUAUCUUCCACUGUACAAGAGCCUGCCACACCAGCAAAUGAGCCUGCGCCCUUUACACUACCAGAAGUAAGGGACACUCAAAAACAAAUGGGCAUAGAGGAAGAAUUUGGUCCCAAGCUGCCCCCAGCAUUGCCUUCAACAUCUACUGGGAUAUCCAAUGCUGAGCCCUUACUAAAUGCAGAGGAGUCCUUUAAAAAGCAGAAACAAAAGAAGCAUAAAGAGAAGCACAAAAUGAAAAAAGAACGUAAACACAAGAAAGAUAAGAAAAAAAAGCACAAGAAAGAAAAACACAAAAGUAAGCACAAAAAUAAAAAAACUGAGAAUAAAAGCUCAGACUCAGAAGACAGCAACACAAGUGAAAGUGACUCAGGUCUAACUGUGGAACUGACACCAAAGGAACUAUUAAAAAGGUUGAAAAAUUUUCCAAUACCUCGGUAGUUGAGAGGAUGCAGAUUCAUAAUGUAUCAUUUUAUUUUGAAGGAUAAUCUAAACUCUAAGAGCCGAAGAACAUGUAUAGAUUGUAAAUAUGCUUGUGUAUAGACAAAUAUGUUGUAAAUAUUAACAUUGUAAGAAAAAUAUAUUUCAAAAUAUAAAUCUGUGUUUUAGAAACUAAGCAAAAUAUUAAUCCUCAUUUUGUGGGUUGUGAACUUUUUAAAAAAUGGUUUCAUGCAAGUAUUUUGUAAUAGUUUCUUAUUAAAAAAAAAACUACAUAGAUCCUUCUGGGUCUAUAUUGCAAUGUUUACUGAGGAAAUUAUUAUGAAAUAAAUUUAUUAUUUUUAAA